AGAAGGCCGACGAAAGCGCCAGAAAUUUCCUUUCACUUUAGUAGUAAGUUGAUCCUGUAUGUAGGCUCGUCAUCUCACUUUAAAACCAUCCUGAAACUGAUCAAAGCAUUCAACACUAAAUAUCUUCAGCAGUUCUUCAACAUUUUCACUAGCUUCAAACAUUCCAAUCAUGUCACUCAUUCCUUGCAUUUUCGGCGGGCGAAAAACCAACAUGUUUGAUCCAUUUUCUCUAGACAUAUGGGAUCCUUUUGAUGGGUUCCUCACUUCAGCCGUUGCCAAUGUGCCCUCUUCAGCUCGUGAAACAUCUGAAUUUGCGGCGGCAAGAAUCGACUGGAAGGAGACCCCGGAAGCUCAUAUUUUCAAAGCCGAUCUUCCAGGGCUGAAGAAGGAAGAGGUGAAAGUUGGAGUUGAAGAAGGUAGAAUACUGCAGAUAAGUGGAGAAAGGAGCAAAGAGCAAGAAGAGAAGAAUGACAAAUGGCACCGGGUGGAGAGGAGCUGUGGGAAGUUCCUGAGGAGGUUCAGGUUGCCGGAUAAUGCGAAGAUAGACCAAGUGAAAGCUAGCAUGGAAAAUGGAGUGCUCACUGUGACUGUUCCUAAGGAGGAGGAGAAAAAGCCUGAAGUUAAGACCAUUGAGAUUUCUGGCUAAAGUACAUCAAAAUGACUGUUCCGAGUUUGUCUUUAUAAAAUUGGUUUGGUUUUUCCAGUUGAUUGUCAUGAAACAAAGCAUGGGUCUAUUUGUUUGUUUUCGAGUAAUGCCUAUACUAUAUCGUAUGUGAGAAUUGUAGUAAGUGUCAAAGGAAAGUGUGCAACUUUGUAUCUAGUUUUUGAAAUAAAAAAGUUUGUGUGAUUUUAAAUAUUUAA